UAAAUCAUCGGAGUGGUCUUACACACGCAUAUACUUUCUUCUGUCUGCUUCGCCCGAUGUGUACGAUAGUAAAAGACGUCUCGGAAUAUCGAGCAAUGGUCAUUGCGCACCAAAGCAUGUGGACGAACGAGCGUGAGCAGAUGCGAUAUCAGCAACGAUCGGUAUUAUUUUAUCACGCGCAUACGGCGUACAGGUUUGCGGAUAACGCUGACUGAAUGACAACCGUGAUAUCAAGUAAUAAUAUCGUGGCGGCGGCGGCGUGCUGGUGUGGUGGCGGUUGCGGCGGUUGUGUUUUGCACUUACACUCGCCGCUUCCGUGCUGUGUUCCGAGAGUGAUCGAGAGCCUUCUCUCUUCCUGCGUUAUUGUUUUUCGGCGGCCCGUGGUGACGGAUUCGUGUUUACCGCGGGAAAAAAAGAAUGUCCGGAUACCGCAAAGUCAACUACUACGAACUGUGCAGACUGUGUACUAGUAGCGAGGGCAGCAAAAUGAACAUAUUCCGCGAGGAGGGACGUAGACGACAAUUGCAGACGAAAAUACAGACGUAUCUGCCGAUACAGGUUAUGGAAGAGGAUUCGUUACCAAAAAUUGUAUGUCACGAGUGUGUCAAAAAGCUGGAAAGCUUUAUAGAAUUUCGAGAAACUGUAGUAAAUGCCGAGGGUAUGUUGGAGUCCUAUUUUACCUCGCUUCGUUUUUCCGAAGACUUUCUGAAAGAAGGAAAAGUUUAUGUGAAGAAUACCGAGAAGGAGAGACCAUCUACACCUGAAGACGAGGUCCUAAAGUCGAUAGAAAAAGUGCCAAUAUCAGCAGCGGGUCAAAUAGUAAACACUGAUCAACAAAUACAGCAACCUGUUGUAGUUAGUAAUAUAAAUGCGUCUAACAUACAAAUCAUCAGUGGAGUUCAAGCUAGAGUGCAGCAAUACAAAUGCGCCAUGCAGAUGCAACCAGGUGGCAUGGCGGCAGCUGUAGUCGAAGCUACGGCAGAGACUCACUACACUUAUCAACAACAAACGUCUCAAGUAUCGUCGCAACAAUCAAACGAAGCGCAAAAUCAAAUCAGUGAUCAGCAAAAUCAGUCUCCUACGAUGCAACAGCAGAUGCAAAAUCAAAUACAAAAUCAUAGUCAAAUAAAUCAGCCAGUACAAUCCCAAAGGACAAUCUCCCAGCAGCUGAAUCAGUCGGGCCAGUUACCUCAACAGCAAAAUCAAAGCGAAGUUAAUCAACAAGCGCAAUCGCAGAUAUCGCAGCAGCUUCAACAAUUGCAGAGGCAGCAGCGCGAAUUUGAGAAGCAGCACAGGCAACUUCAGCAUCUCGAGAAACAGCAGGUGCAAAUUGUGACGCAGCAAGAAUUUUCUGUGAAGCAGGAGACACCAGUCGUACAUCAAAAUGAUAAUAACAUAGUUCUCAAAACUGAAGCGGAUUUGGAGCCGAAUCAGCAGAUCAUACACAAGAUACAGUCCGAGACUCAACAGAAGGAUGAGUCCUCCAAUCCAGGUGUACAAACUUACACGACAGUACAAACACCAGAGGUAUUUCUGAAUUUGGGUUUUAAGGAGAGUCCAUUGACGACUCCGAUAGUCCGAGAUGACGCGAAAGACUUCAAGGAAUUUACGAAACCGACCGAGGAAGGUAUGUCCCGUAACUCGAUCGAGCAGAUCAGAGAAUUUUUGAGGCUCAGAUCAGGACCGGAACCGACUUCUCUGAUCACCGUAAAUCCGCAAGUGCUCUCGCAGGCCACGAGAAAUAACAUCUGCCGCGAUUGUGGCAAAUGUUUUUCCUCGUUAAAUCAAAUGAAUAAUCAUAACUGUAAUAACGUCGAGACUCUCAUAAACGAAUCGUCAGAUACUGGGGGCAAGGAUGACCCUCUACAAACCAAUGUCAACUCCUUCAGCUGUGACAUUUGCAGCAAACCGUUCAAACGGAAAGAACAUCUCUUUCAACAUCGAAAAUUGCAUACUGGUGAGCGACCGUACGUGUGCACAACGUGUGCAAAAGCGUUCAGUCGUAAGGAACACUUGGUUAGGCACUCGGUGUCUCACACCGGACAAAAGAUGCAUGAAUGUGAAAUGUGUGGUAAAAGUUUCUCGCGCAAAGACAAUUUGCACAAGCAUCGAAAGACACAUGGUGUAUCUGGUCCUUACAUCUGCGAGACUUGCGGCAAAUCGUUCGUGGUGAAGCAUUAUUACGUGAUGCAUUUAGCUACUCACGCAACAACAGUCACGGACGGUGUAAACUGUCCGGAUCCAUUGCCGUAUAAAUGCGACAUAUGUCACAAAGCAUUCUCCGUGAAACAAUAUCUCACUACGCAUAAACUUCGACACAGAUCGAAAAACAAUAAUAGUUCUGCGCAAAAUACCUUAACUGAGCAUCAACAACAAUCGCAGCAAGUUGAUACUACGAGUAACGUGAACGUAGUGACGAGUAAUAUCGGUAAUGUUGGGAAUUUAAAUAACAGUAAUGGACAAUCUAGCAAUGAAUCGACUGUUGAAAUGCAGAGUGUUAUUGAACGAAAUGAACACGCUAAUGGGUCAUUUCCUAACAACCCAUAUCACGCUAAUAUGCAAGAUUUUCAAUGAGACAAGGAAAAGCGUGUCUAUUAUGUUCUCUUGCCGAAUGGUCUCAAUCAUAAAAUUGUGGUUGUGUAAGCAAGAGAAAUUUUAUGACGCGCCAAGGUAUUUUCUUAUAUGAUUAUGUUUUUCAUUGAACAUUUUUGUAUUUUAAUAUUACAUACAAUCAAAAUGGCUAUUGUGACAGAUUAGAUAUUUUUGGUGUACACAUUGAGUGGGAAAGUCUGUCGAAUGAUUUAAGAGCUCAUUGCAUAUGAUGUAAAUAUAUUUUACCAAGAAAGCAUUAGCUACGUGGAAUGCAUGUUGUAGUUUCGGAAUGAAUGCUCUUGUAAUCGACAUUUGAAAAAUAUUACUGACAUUUAUACAUGAUUUAUCACCGAAAUAAUUCACGAGAUAAUUUUUUGAAAACGCAUCCAAUGUGUCAAUGUUUAACAUUAAAUCUGCAGUCUGAUUUCAAUUUUAAAACCAUGAAUAAAAAACAAACAUUUUACUGAAUAUACAUGUUGUAGCACAAAGAGUUUCAACAACGGAAUGAAAUUUUAUGCAUCAAUUUCACUUAUACACUAAUAACUAUGAAAAAUUUUUUUAAUUGUACGAAUUUUAAAGUUUUAUAUUGAAUAUGAACUUUUCGAUAAGACGAAUUUUUUUGUUUUUGAAAGAACAAGAAAUGUCUGAACAAAACUCAUUCGGAAUUCUUUGUUAAUUAUAGUUUUCUCACACCUUUUAAACAAGUAUACAAAUACACAUUCAGGUUUUCAGAAAAAAAGAAACAUAGAAAUAUAAAAAAGAUAAGUAGAAUAGAAAUGUAUACUAACAAUAGAAGGCUAUCUAGAACAAAUAUAUGAAAAGAAUUUUAUCUCGUCAACGCUCCGAAGUAAUGUAAGAUUUAAUGCGUCAUCAAUUUCAUGACAUUGACAAUUGGAUUGCAAUCUUGAUGUUCAAGAUUUUACAAAAUUUAGUUUUAUAAUUUUUUAUGUGAUGAAUCGGUAUGGAAAGACAUAGUCAGGAGAUUGUUCUAAUUUUUUAUAAAAAUAAGUAUUAUUAUUUAUGACAUUAAAAAAUAACUGAUAUAAAGAAUUAUACAAUUUAAGUAAUGCCUAAUGAUCCGUAUCAAGUUUUUCAUUUUCUGUCGGAUAUGUAUAAAAAUUCUUAACAACUUGAUAUAAAGCCUAUAUUCAUUGGAUUAUUAAUUGAAAUUAAUUAUAAACCAUUAAAACCUGUUUAAAAAUUAUUUAAGAUAAUUGAAUAAUUUGAACAAUUCAUGACUAUUUUCAGGAAUUCUAGAAACAUGAUUCUUAUAUAUACUUAAAAUAUAGAAAACAAAAACUAAGACCAAAGAAAAA